AUGUUCUCCGAGUACCACGAGGGCUUCCGCCGCCAGGUCGAGGUCUGGCCCUCGAACCCCGUCGACGGCUACAUCCGCGACAUCAAGCUCCGCGCCAGAGCCCGCUUCCCCAACGCUCGCGGCGGCGGACGCCCCGGCGGCGCGCCGUCCAAGCCCGACGGCCCUCAUCCUCUGCCCCGUACCGACGGGACGUGCUACGUCGCCGACCUGGGCUGCGGCGACGCCCGCCUCGCCUCGACCCUCGAGCCCGAGUCCAAGAAGCUCAAGCUCAAGAUCAUGAGCUACGACCUCCACUCCCCCGCGAAACACGUCACAAAGGCCGACAUCGCCAACCUGCCCCUCGAAAACGACUCGGUCGACGUCGCCAUCUUCUGCCUCGCCCUCAUGGGCACCAACUGGCUCGACUUCAUCGAAGAGGCCUACCGCAUCCUCCACUGGAAGGGCGAGCUCUGGAUCGCCGAGAUCAAGUCCCGCUUCGGCCCCGUGCACCGCAAGAACGCCGUCGUCUCGCACAGCGUCGGCAACCGCAAAAAGGCAGCCGCCGCCGCCGCAGGUAAGAAGACGAAAGAACCUGAGGAGACGGAGGAGGACCGCACGGCUCUCGCCACGGACGUCUCCGCCUUUGUUGAGGCGCUGCGGAAGCGCGGAUUCGUCUUGGCGGGCCAGGGCGAGGGCAACAAGGGCGCGGUGGACCUGUCCAACAAGAUGUUCGUCAAGAUGCACUUUAUCAAGGGCGCCGUGCCCACCAAGGGCAAGGGUCUCGUCGCGGCCAAGGCGGCCGGCUACGUGGAUAAGGAGAAGAAGCAAAAGCGGUUCGUGUGGGAGACGGAGGAGGACAAGGUUGAUGAGACGGGCAUCUUGAAGCCGUGUGUAUACAAGAUCCGGUAG